UUGUUCGUGUUUAAUAGGGGCAGUAGAGAGAGUGAGAGAGAGUGAGUACUGAAGGUGGGUCAGUAGAGCAGACUGCUGCUGAUGUCGCUGGUCGACAAACAGCAAGUCUUCCUUCGCGAUAGACGUUUGUUAGGUGAAUAAAAACCUACAAAUUCGGCUUUAUACUGCUUUCCUCAACACAUCCUAGAGUGAAUAACACAAGAUUAUAUCGGACAUGAAGAACUCGGCUGUGUCCUUGUGCGCUCGAGCGCUUUUCUUGGCUCAACUUCUGGCUUCAUUCCUCUUCAGCCCUGCCCUUUGUGUUUCAGCACUAGGCCAAAGUGAUGGCAGUGGCGUGGUGGUGGCCAUGUACAAUAUCAGCGCCCCCCAGGGAUCUCAGGCGGUAUUGCAAUGUCAUAGUCAGCGCAUGGUGUGGACACAAGACCGCUUAAGGGAUCGCCAAAGGGUAGCGCACUGGGAUUUACUUCGUAGUGGCCCAAACCACGCAAUGGAACGUGUUAUAGACGUGUUUUCUGCUGGAGACCAGCGUAUCUACAAUGGCUACAACCAGGGACGCAUUAACAUGCCCAAGACUGCUUUUAAGGAUGGCAACUUCUCUUUGGUAAUCAAAGAUGUUGCAGUGAGUGACAAAGGAAUCUACUCCUGUAACCUGCAUCAUCAUUACUGCCACCUGUAUGAGUCAAUCAAAGUUCAGCUCAAUGUCACCAGAUCAGCACGUAAGGAGAGGCGGUUUUGGGAUGGUCAGAAGGCAGUGUAUGUAGUUCUGGUGGGCAGCACGGUGGUUCUCCCUUGCGUUAACCGCCGGCCCAUCUGGACAGAGAGCAACAGUCAGGAGGACCAACAACAAGUGGUGCACUGGGACCGUCAACCUCCAGGGGUCCGACACGACCGUGCUGAUCGGCUCAUCGACUUGUACGCUUCUGGUGAGAGGCGUCACUACGGACCACUGUUUGUUCAGCAAAAGAUGAAUAUUUCUGCCACAGCGUUCUCGCAGGGAGAUUUCUCCCUGACCAUCUCAGACAUCCAGCCUCUGGAUCAGGGGCUAUACUCUUGUCAUCUCCACCACCACUACUGCGGCCUGCACGAGAGACGCAUCUUCCAGCUUACUGUGAUGCCUCCGGUCCCUCAGAUACCUCAGGAACCCUCAGAUGAACCUCAAUAUCUUCCCAAUGAAGACCCAAACACCUACAUGGUAGAAGUGCCGCCACAUGUAAUCAAUGUCAUCUUGCCAGAGCAAAGGAAUCACUUCCUGCAGCAGCUGGGCUACAUCCUGGCAACUCUCCUCCUACUGGCCCUUAUUGUGUUGGCUAUCGUUCUCCUGACACGUCAACGGAAAAGACAAGGCCUAGAUUUUGAUCCACGAAAAGUCGAAAGCCCACCUCUGCCGACGGUGACGUAUGUGGGCCACACAUCAUGUGUUAAGAAAGAAUGUGAGCGAAGCAUCCCAGAAGUGAAGUCAAGCAACCAAGAGGAGACGAAGUUGGAAUACAAGAACAAUCUUCUGAAGGAAGCGAAAAUGUCCAAACUUUGCUCCCCAAAAGCCAUUGACCUGGACAGAGAGAUGGAGAAGCCAUCUUGGAAAUAAGAGGUACUUUGCCACUGGCUGGUCCAGGGGCAGAUUUGGUCAAACUUGGGGUGACUUUGGGAUGAAGAAUGACAUGUGGCGAGUGACAAUAUCGUAAGGAAAUAAGUGAAAAGGAGAGAAAGACAGUUGUAUAGUUUUUUUCCUGACUCAAGAUGCUUCAUAUUUUUUUGCUCUUGUGAAGCUUGCAGGAAGCACCAGAGUCUCAACAGCAGUAUUUUGCAAGAAAUAUAGUCUGCAUGUUUUACUAAAUUUGCCCAAUCCUGCCACACACUUUAUGAGUGAGAAUUAAACACACCCAGAAUAAUGUGUCCUGAGUGUCAGAAUGUUUAUACUGGUGUGAGAUUUGGGCUAUGUAAGGAUGAGGCCUGGCAGAGGCUGUGACAUGAAAUGCUAGCUCAGAAGCUUUAUGUGAGGAGGAACCUUCUUAUUCAUUGUGGAAUCAAAAAAGCUUUGCCGUUUUAAAUGAUUUUGUAAUUAAAAGUGCACAUCUGUAUGGUACAAAUAUUGCAGAAGCUAUUGCUACAUCACACAAUGCAUUUUUAUGCUUUGUUCAUGUUUUUUUUUUUCUUCCUCAGUACUUAUACUGCUGAUCUGUCUGUGUAUCUGUGGUUAUGUAAAAGCUCAUAAUUUAGCCCAGACUGGAUCCUGAAUUUAAUAUGCUGGUUUUGUAUAACAGUUUUAAACAUGGUAAAAUGUUAAGUGGAAAUUAAAGUCUACAUUCUUAUUGGUAUAUGAAAGCACAGCCAGUUUAGCCAAAAUAUUUAAUUAAAUAAGUAUUUAUUUUUCUCAUUUUGAUGUUCUAUUCCCAUUACUAACUGUGUUGCCACUUAAAGGCUACAUUUCCUUUAGUGUAUAACAUUUUCUAUCACAAUCUUCUGUUACCUGUCAUACUCUGUUAUCAACUUUUUCCAUGUUAUUGUUUGUAUAUUUUCAUGCUUACUUUUCUUGUUACAAACCUUACUAAUUCCCUUUGUCACAUUUUAUUUGAAUAUUCUAGCGUUUAAUGUAUUUGCUUUCUUCCAUACUUGCAGCUUUGAGUUCAUUUGAGAUCAAAUAAUUAAGUGGGAAACUGAUGCAAAUGCAUCAAGGUACCUGUACAACAUAAAAAUUUAAUAGCAUGGCUAUGCAUAUACAUGAUAGGUGCAAACAUUUCUUUUCUAGUUUGCUAAGAUCAGUGUUAUGUAAUGUGUACUGCUUUAUCUUAACAGAUUAUUAUGGUGAAACUGAAGCAAUGCUUUUGCCCAGUAUAAUGUUUAUAUGACACUCAGCCACCCUUUUAAAUUCCUCAAAGGCUCCAAAUAAGAAUGUGUUACUACCAUUGAUUGAGGUUGCAAGAGGAAUUUGCUGGGUAGACUACAA